AUCAACACACACUCAUCAGGAAGACUAGAAGAACUCCAGCACGUCUCCCACAAACCCUCUCCCUCCCAAGAUCACAGCUCACGCAGACGCUUCCACUCGCCCCAACCCGGGGGGCCACCGGCCGCCGUCCGCGGGUGAGGGCGACCCUUCCCAUCCCGGGCUCCCGGCCAAUUUCUCCUUUCACCUCCACGGCAACCUGACGCAGGAACCUCCACUCCAUGUGAUCCCCGACCCAAUCCGGCCGUUCCGCCCCCUGGAUGGAAUCUAUUCCCGGAGCGCGCUAGCGUGAUCCGCCCCCGCGCAUCUCGCUCUGCAGGUCCCGAGAAGGUAGCAAGACAACAACGCCGCAACCACGCAGGAGCGCACGAGGCGCCGCCCUGCCCUUUUCCCAUCCAGUUGAGCAAUCAGUCGCCGAGAGAUUGCCAAAUUUCACGUGCCUCGCCCGUCUUUUCAUGAGGAUCGAUCAGUUGCCGUUCCAAAACCGAGGAUGCCAUAUUCUGCCCCCCGAAGAAUCCCAAGGUUCCUGACUUUCCGCUUACUGCGGGCAGCUUUUCUUUUCCCCUUCUCCCCUGAUCGAGCUGUUCCGAGCUCUUCGACGCCCUGCCAUUUCUCCCCGCUUUCCUGAGCAUUUUCCUUGGGUUCUUGAGUAUAAAAAUCCCGCCUUUUGUUGCCUUCGUGUCUCCUCCCGGUUCGAGUCCCCGGAUCCACGAUUCUAGAUUGGCGAGUUGGGAGUUGGGGUCAUGACGGCAGCCGAGGCGGUGGCAAUGGCGGAGCAGGUGGUGGCGGACCUCCGAGAGAAGUGUGAGACGCCGCCGGCGCUGCUGCGCGAGGUGGCGUCGGCGAUGGCCCACGAGAUGGGCGCGGGACUGGAGAAGGAAGGCGGGAGCAGGGUCAAGAUGCUUCUCUCCUACGUUGACAAGCUCCCCACAGGGGGAGAGGAAGGAUCGUUCUAUGGAUUGGACCUAGGAGGAACAAACUUCCGCGUCUUGAGGGUGCAGUUGGGUGGGAAUGAGAAGCAUGUCGUUAACCGUGAGUCCAGAGAAGUUAGUAUUCCUCCAGAGUUGAUGUCAGGGAGCUCCUCGGAGCUUUUUGGUUUCAUUGCUUCUGAACUGGCCAAGUUUGUUGCUCAUGAAGAGAAGUGUGCUAAAAUAUCAAAUGGAAAGAAGCGAGAACUAGGCUUCACAUUUUCAUUCCCAGUGAAGCAACGUUCAGUUGCUUCGGGUACCCUUGUCAAGUGGACAAAGGCAUUUUCCAUUGAUGAUGCUGUAGGUGAAGACGUAGUGGCUGAAUUGCAAACGGCUAUGGAGAAGCAAGGUCUGGAUAUGCAUGUAGCUGCACUGAUUAAUGAUGCUGUUGGAACUCUGGCUGGAGCAAGAUACUAUGAUAAAGAUGUUGUCGCUGGUGUCAUAUUUGGAACUGGCACAAAUGCAGCAUAUGUUGAGAAGGCAAACACCAUUCCAAAGUGGGAAGGCGAGUUGCCCAAUUCAGGGGAUAUGGUCAUCAACAUGGAAUGGGGUAACUUCUGUUCAUCCCAUCUUCCUGUCACUGAAUAUGAUCAAGAAUUAGAUGAGGAGAGCCUGAAUCCAGGAGAGCAGAUCUACGAGAAGUUAAUGUCAGGAAUGUAUUUAGGUGAAAUUGUAAGGAGGGUGCUCCUUAAAAUAUCAUUGGACUCCUCACUUUUCGGCAAUAUUGAUCACGCUAAGCUCAAAACCCAUUUCCUCUUGCGGACUCCACAUAUUUCUGCAAUGCACCAUGAUGAAACACCUGAUCUGAAGAUUGUGGCUGAAAAACUAGAAAACCUAGAGAUAACAGGCACAUCCUUGGAGACUCGAAAAUUGGUUGUAGAAAUCUGUGACAUCGUGGCAAGAAGGGCAGCCCGGCUGGCUGCUGCAGGGCUUGCAGGGAUCCUCAAAAAGCUCGGGAGAGAUUGCAAUGCCCAAGAGCAACGAUCAGUCAUCGCCAUUGACGGAGGAUUGUUCGAGCACUACACAAAAUUCCGCGAAUGCUUGGAGAGCACACUGGGCGAGUUGCUGGGAGAGGAGGCGUCCAAGUCAGUGUCCGUCAAGCACGCAGAUGAUGGUUCAGGAAUAGGUGCUGCCCUGAUUGCAGCUUCGCAGUCUCAGUACAGAAAUGUUGAAUGAUAUAGUAAUAGCUGGCAAAAGUGUUGGCCAUACAUGUAGGGAAGAUUAACUAGCUAGUAGCUCGAAUUUCUUCCCCACAUCUUAACAGUCCAGCAUGUGCAGUUCACAAUGCUGAGCUGGAAGCAAUCUGUAACCGAAACGAAGCUUGACGAAGUGACUAUGCAUAGUUCCAAUAACAGCAUAGUUGCAGAGGUCUCCUAAUCAUGAAAUCUCGCAACUUAUGAA